ACCUCCUCCCUCUUCCCAAAAGCCAACAGCAGAGAGCAUGUUUCAAACUGAAUAAGAAAGCCUUCGCAAAUUGUUAAGGCUCUUUUCAAAAGCUUCCACUUCGCCCAUCAGACCAGCCUUGGCUGCAUCCCAACUCCUGCACAGCCCUCUGUGCUGCUGGAAACCCCCCACAACCAGAGCCUGAGCGAAAAAACACAGGAAGGGCUGAGAAGGCUCCAGAACUGGUUUCAACAACUUUUUCAAGUUUGGGUGAUCAUCAAGAGUUCGCCAGUGAUGCUGACAAUAAUUGCCUCUAUGAGAGGUGACUAAGACCAAACAGAAGGAAAGAGGACAAACGUGCAAUUGAGAGGGACAGAAAGGGAUGUCCUGUCUGUCAUCUUUGCUGUAGUAAAGCUUUUGGAGGGCUUAGUGGGAAACUAAAAUGGCUGAGGUUUCACAUAUUGCUUAGGAUACCUUUUGAAGUAUCCCUGGUAUCAGCAACCAGUUCCAGAGGCUGGGACACCAGGUGGAAGGGGACAUCAGUGAAGGUGUCUUGCUCCUGGAACAGCUCCUUGCACCUCAGCUAGCACCAGGCCAUUUCAUCCCCCACUGGAGUGUUCCUCAGUGCUGGGGGCUGAGCCAGCAUAGCCCCCACUGCAGCACACACCUCUCAGCCCCCGGACGAGAUGGCCGCCCUCAUCGCUGAGAACUUCCGCUUCCUCUCCUUGUUCUUCAAGAGCAAAGACGUGAUGAUUUUCAAUGGUUUGGUGGCCCUGGGCACAGUGGGGAGCGAGGAGCUCUUCUCAGUCGUCGCCUUCCACUGCCCCUGCUCCCCUGCCCGCAACUACAUUUACGGGCUGGCUGCCAUCGGUGUCCCGGCCCUGGCCCUCUUCCUCAUUGGUGUCAUCUGGAACAAUCACACUUGGAACCUGGUGGCCGAGUGCCACAAGCGCGGCACCAAGAACUUCUCUGCUGCUGCCACCUUCCUCCUCUUUGGCUCCAUCAUGGGCCGAGCGUCCGUGGCACCCAUCACUUGGUCGGUCAUCUCGCUGCUGCGUGGGGAAGCUUACAUCUGUGCCCUCAGCGAGUUUGUCAAGCCAUCCUCCCUGGACAAGUUUCCAGUUGAGUACGGGGCUGAGGUGCUGGCCAAGAUCCCCUGUAGAGACGUCCCGGCAAACCUCACCAAGUUCAGGGACGAGGUGACACGGCGCCUGAGAUACGAGUCCCAGCUCUUCGGCUGGCUGCUCAUCGGCAUUGUUGCGGUCCUGAUUUUCCUCACCAAGUGCCUGAAGCACUGCUGCUCGCCGCUGAGCUACCGGCAGGAGGCCUACUGGGCCCAGUACCGCUCCAACGAGGACAAGCUCUUCCGACGCACGGCCGAGGUCCACUCCAGGAUCCUGGCAGCCAAGAAUGUGAAACAAUUCUUUGGCUUUGUGGCACUGGACAAGGAGGAGAAGGAGCUGGUGCAGGAGUUCCCGGUGGAGGGCGUCCAGCCAAGCCCCCAGUGGAAUGCCAUCACAGGUGUCUACAUCUACCGAGAGAACAAGGGCUUCCCGCUCUACAGCCGCCUCCACAAAUGGGCCAAAGGGGUGGAAGGGAAUGGGCCAACCCCAGAAGGCCACGAACUGCUGUUUUUAGCUUCCUAAGACAGAAGUACACCAGCAGCGCUUCUCCAGACUGCCUGGCAGGCCUUCAGUAUCCGUGCUCAGCUGAGGGAUGCACUGGGAACAUUCCUCCAGGCAGGAUUACUUCUAUCAGCAGGUAAACAGGAAUCAACAGCCUCAAGGCAGAGACUGAUAAGCAAUACCCUGAGCUGGGGAACCCCUCCCUUGAAGACAACAGUCUCACUGCUGCUCCCAGAGACACAGGGGAGCAAAGAGCAGAUGCAGCCCUUACCUCCAGGCUGCCAGUGCAGCCCACUGCCUGGCGCACCAGCAGAAGCCUUGGGGAGCAAGAGAUGGGUACAUUUCUCACAGUGAUUCCUGAAGUCCCACUUGUCUCCCCCACAGCAGGGUUAGCCCCAGCCAUCCCAUAACUAUUUGUUUUAUUGACAUUGAUAUCUUAUUACACACUUGUGUGAUGCCUGUUACACAGGCAGGCCCCAGAGCAUUUUACAGACUUUACAGCGCAGGUAAAAGAAGGAAGCUCUGUGUAAAUUCCUGAGGCAAGGAGGAUGCAAUAGCAUCUGGGAAGGAAUGGGUCAGUAAUAGCCAUACACCAAAUAACUGAGAGACUAAAGCAGGAGGAAUCACUAAUAUUCCUGGUAUUCAGAAAGGAACUCUGUAAUUACCAAGUUGAAAUUUGGGUAAGACACCAAACUCUCUUUGUUCUUACUAAAGUGGCUGGCAAUCCCUAAUGAGCCCAAAUGGUCACCACCAUGAGUUUAUAAAUCCAGAGGAGGCACCAUCAGCAGAACAGCUUUGGGGCAAGGUAGCAAGAUGGAGACUGAGAGGAAUCAGUACCCACAGCACUGUCUGCAUGUCAUUGCAUUUGUCAUCCAACCAUCAGAUGAGAGUUCUUUGUUUGAGUUACAAGCUGCAGGACGACCUCAACCAGAAUUAGCUUUACAUAAAUGUAUGUAUACACAUACAUAUAGUGGAUAUACCAUGUAACUGUAGUUAGUGUGUUGUAUUAAUGGAGCAUCUUUCUCAGAGGGGAAGGGGAUGAGAAAGCUGACAGGCCAAAGAGCACAUUACAUUCACCCAUCUGCUGCUCUGGGACUGCAGCCCUGGAGCAACAAGGGGACAGCAGGAACAGAAUGGGGGAGCAGCCCUCUCCCUGCACAUCUACCACUGAAUUUUCUAAAACUCUUUCCACUGCCUUAAUUGGCCCCUGGAGCAUGUCUCUUUUAUGGACUUGGCCAUACUCUGGGAAAGCAAAACCAGAAAGGUGUAAAAUUACUACCCUUACCAUGACACUGUGUGACUAUGGCUUCAAGGCAGCUCCUCUGGCUUCAAGGCUGCUCCGUUUCUCUCAGGGCUCAAUCCUGUGUACACUGUUUAAAGAGCUGGCAUGACAGAGAAGUUUGGCUUUCCUACUUGAACUGUUUUGUUAUAGAUACAACUUCCUUUUACACUGUGCCAUUUACCAAAAAGCCUUAAGUUGUUCAAAAAAUAGCCCAAACCCACAAAACUCAGAGGGGCUUACACACAAGGAGAUUUUAAAUAAAUUAUUA